UAGGGACUAUCAUGAUGUAAUUGAAAGCCAGAACUUGGUUCUGACCGGCUUCGAGCAUUCGUCCUUUCUCUUUUAUACCAUUUUGCUAGGUUUUUCCUUUCCCUUCGUCUCUGCAUGCGAAUGUAAAGGCCGCCAUCAACUCAAAUUUUCCGAGGUAACAUCCUCGUACUUGGGAAUAUCUAAAUCCUCGGCAACCUCCAACCCACAUUCUUUUGAUUCUUCUCCAAUCUCCACUUGUAUGGAGGGACAAAAUCUUGCGCAGAGGCAGGUCCUAAGCGGAAUGUCUAGUGCGACCAGCGUAAUUGGCGACAUCGGUGAUGCGGUCAGUUCAGCGGCCAGUGGUGUUUCAAGCGUGAUCCUGACUUCAUCCACGUCGGCGUCUGGAACAAGUUCCGUUUCAAGCGCUUCUGAUACUUCAAGUUCGUCUUCUUUGAGUGACUCCUCGUCGACAAGGUCGUCAUCAUCUUCCAGUUCCACAUCAUCUGUGUCUACUUCUGAAACGUCUUCAGUGGCAUUGAGUAGUAGCAGCUCCGAGUCUAUUGCCUCUUCGUUGCCUUCCGUCUCGGAAUCCGUGUAUGAGACGACCUCCGACGGUGUCAAGCACACAGUCACAGCGUUUGUGAGUACCGCGGAAGAGUCAGCGACCGGUUCGAGCUCGUCCGCUGCCAGUACCCAAAUGGCUACGACGCAGGAAUCCUUUCUCCAGAACAAACCUCUCUCUGGCUUCGUCUUCGCCCUCUGCGGAAUCGUAGGCUUGGUUCUCAUUCUUCUCGUGGUGACCUUUACGCUUCGUCGUAGGCGCGAGAAUAAGUUGCUCAACGAGGCCAUCUCGUUCGACCCCCAAGGGAGCACUUAUCAUCAUGAUCAUGACUUGGAAGAGAAAUUGACCCAUCAGAGAAGUGGGCAUAGUAUCGGAGGCUCUGCGUCUGGUACACGCGAAAAUGGCAGUUCCACUGGACAUGGCAUGUACAUGCCGUCUGCACCCCAUAGUUUUUACGACGCAGGCUAUGGUCAAGCUGCCAACGCGUACGCCUAUGCGGGUUACGCACCUACCAGGUCCGAGGUGCCUAACGCGACUUAUGACCACCUUGGUGUCGCGCAUAAUAUGGGAAGUCUAGCUUUUGAAAACCGUAGCAUGUCUCCUCCAAGGUCGCAGGUCCCUGCCAUUGGGCCUGCUUCGAACAAUUUUGGUCAGAAUUAUGGUUAUAGGACCUCUUAGCUUGAAGGUUGCUAGUUAACUUCUAACGUCAACUUAUACCCUUCAUUACGCGGGUUUCGUGAAAAAUGACUUGAACCUUUCUGUACAUACGUUGCUGUCUUACCUUUUUGCUCAUUAUCUAAAACCUGUGGCAGCAUCCUUG